AUGUCUACACUAAAGCAGCGACAUUCAGAAAUAUUACAAGAGACUCUCAGAUAUAGAGAAAGAGGCAAUGUUCCAAUAAAGACAAUUAGCCGUCUAGUGACAAAAUACGAAACACCAGAAUAUGCUGCUUACAAGAACGUUUUUGAUAGAAGCAAGUGGAUCCCAACUAGAGAAGAACGCUAG